AUGUUCGUGCAGACUCAGUCAGACUUUGCCAAAAUGCGCUCGCUCAUCGGACCUGUGGUGCUAGCCUCGGCGGCCGUCGUGUCAGCCUCAUCCAACUAUACCUGCCUGCCCGGCGAUAGCUGUUGGCCGACCUUGGAACAAUGGACCACAUUCAACGAGAGUGUUGCCGGUGCUCUCAAGGUCACGCACCCCAUGGAGGAGCCGUGCUACGCCGACUCUAGCAGCGAAGCGUGCCAGGCCGUAGCGGCCGCCUAUACCAACUUGACCGGCGCCUACCGAACCUCGUUCUACGGCGAGACGGUCAACCUGAAUUGGGAGUAUUGCGGCAACGACCAGUGCCUCCUCGAGUCCCUCGCUCCGCUGGAAGGCAUCUCUGGAACGUGCAAGCUCGGUCGGUUGUCCGCUUACUACGUCGACGCUCAGACCGCCGACCAGGUCGCAGCUACUCUGAAGUUCGUUCAAGAGCAUAGCAUCCGUUUAUCCAUCAAGAACACGGGCCACGAUUACUUCGGCCGCAGCACCACUGCCAACAGCUUGGCCUUGUGGGUUCACAACAUGCAGGAUAUCAGCUACGCCGAGACAUUCACGCCAGAGGGAUGCUCUACCGAACGGGAGAACGUAGGCAUCAUCGGCGCCGGCGUGGAGGCUGCAACAGCCUAUACCUUCUUCGCCGACAAGAAAAUGCAUGUCACCGUCGGCGCUGUAGCCUCGGUCGGUAUCGCCGGCGGGUUCGGGCAGGGAGGCGGUCACGGCGCGCUUGGACCGAGCUAUGGGCUGAUGGUUGACCAAGCCAUCGAGUUCGACGUGGUGACGGCUGAUGGCGAGCUCCAGACUAUCAACGAGUGCACUGACUCUGAUCUGUUCUGGGCUAUGCGAGGUGGUGGUGGCAGCACGUACGCCGUGCUUCUGAACUACAAGUUCCAACUGCACCCUGCCGUGCCCAUGAACGUGUUCGCAUUCACGGCCAACCUGACCGAGACCCCUACCAACAUCAGCGAAUCGACAAUUCAUCGGGACAUUGUGGCUGCCAUCGCCAAGAACCAGACACAAUGGGCCAACAACAACGUCUCGGGAUACAAUUUCUUCCUGCCAUACAACAUCAUCAGCGUACAAAUUCUACCGAGCGCGGACACGGAGGCUCUCAAGACACUCACCAAGGAUUACGCCAAUUUCCUCUCGAACCUUCCUGGCUUAGACAUCAUUGCAAACGAGUACGCAACUCUGGAUACAUACCCAGAGUAUACGGCGUUCGCACUGCCAUUUCUCGGAACCAAUGGUCCCUUGGGAGUCGGUAUCACGGAAGCAGCGCGCUUGAUUCCACGCACUCUAUUCGAGACCGACGACAGCGUUGACGCGUUGGUGGAGGCCUUCUUAUACGGCAUGCAGACCAGCUUGGAGGAGGGCGCAGGUCUCGGGACAGGAUCAGGGCAGAUCUACCACACGGGCCCCUCGAACAACAACGACGAGAGCGACAGCACCGGCGUCAAUCCUGCCUGGCGGGGCAGUCUGUGGCAUGUGAUCCACGGCGGGAUCUGGACAAAGGCCGAGUCGCAGGAGGAACGGGCACAAAUCCAGACGACGGCGGGGCAUGCGAUCCAGAAGUUCAAGGACCUGACCCCGGGCGGCGGCAGCUACCUGAACGAGGGAGACGUGAAUGAAGAGGACUGGCAGCAGACAUUCUUCGGCGACAAGUACGACCGGCUGCUGGGGAUCAAGCAGAAGUACGACCCGACUGGGCUGUUCAACUGCUUCAAGUGUGUCGGGUGGACGGGCGCUGAGGACCCUUUCUAUUCCUGCUACAAGCAGGAGGGACAGGUUCCCACCAUUCCGCUGGACGCCAGCCAGAAUACUGUCACAGCCUCUUGA